CUGUCCCUCCUCCCCGCGGGCUGCCCGUGUGUGUGUGUGUGUGUGUGUGUGUGUCCGUUUGAGCACCCGACUUCGUUCUCUUGCUCCCUGUCCCUCUGUUGUCUCUUCCUCUUUGUGUGACUUGAGGUCACGUGCGUGUAUGCAGUGUGUGUGUGUCUGUCCUUGUCUCUGGCCUCUCUGAGCCUGUGUUCAUGUCUGUCUCUCUCUCCCCCUCUGUCUCUCAGUGUCUCUCCCUGUCUCUGCGAGCGUCUCUGGGUCCCCGGCUGUUCGCGGCAGGGCCGGUCCGGCAGAGCAGCGGAUGUGCGAGGGCUGAUUCGGGGGCCGACAGGAAGCCCGCCACCUCGCCUGCUGCCUGCCAGUCUCGGUGGCAGCGGCGGUGGCUCGGGCAGGUGUGUGGGCUCAGGAUGAGGUGGCCGCAGUGAGGAGCCCCCCGACUCUCAGCGCUGCAGGGCGCGUGGCCAGGAGCGGACAUGAAUGUGGAGAGCGAGCUGCUGUGGCCCUGGGUGGCCCUGCUGCUGCUGCUGGGGACUGUGGCCGGCCUGUGUGUGCGCUGCUCCCGCCCAGCCGUGAAGAAGUCUGAGAAGAUCUAUGAGCAGAGGAGCCUGGAGGAGAAUCAACAGAACUUGGCGCUGGCCCGGACCUAUUCUUUGAUCAGGCAGGCCUGGCCCGGGCCCCUGGCGGACGCGGACUCUGACGUAGCGCCAACAAGGAAGGACAAGCUGCUGAGGUUCUCCCCCAGCCUCGAGGAGAGCAGACAUGGAUCCAGAUCCAGACCCGAUGCAGCCUACGUAGAACCCAUCACCACGGACUAUUACAACUGGGGGCAGAUCCAGAAGCCCAGGGAAGAUGACGAUGAUGACGAUGCCAAUUCCUACGAGAACGUGCUCAUCUGCAAGCCGAAGGACCCCGAGUCGGGCGACGAGGGAUCCGAGGAUUACCAGAACUCAGCAUCCAUCCGGCAGUGGCGGGAGUCCAGGAGGGCCGCGGAGCGAGUCCCGAGGGAAGAGCCCCUGUCCCUGGCAGGCAGCCCAGACGAGGACAGCGAGGACCCCGAUUACGUGAAUCAGAAUGUGGCAGCCACAGAAGUCUAGGAAGGAUCUAGAAGGAAGGAGCCGAGGGAACCACCAGGCUGAGGGCUAUUUCCUGCCUCCCCCGGGCUCACUUCUCUCUCCGGAGCUGCCCAACCUCGACACCCCCCACGGUUACCCCUGGGAGAUGCACUGAGGCGUCCGGAGGCCCGUCCAUCAGGCCAUGGGGGACCAGCUGGGGAAAGGACAGUUACGCGGCGCAUCAGGCCCUGGCCCGGCUUCUGCGGGAGCCCGAGGCUGAGGGCAGCGUGGCUUCUGACCUGAUCCGAUGCCCGAGGGUCAGGGCAAGCUGCAUCCCCGUCCCCAUGUCUGAAAACACUGUGUGUCGCUGGUAUUCCUGUGCCUUUUUGCUUUGGACUCAGGUUCCAAAUUGCUUACUAACGUCAAUUGCUGGGAUCUUUUGCCUGAUCCAUAAACUUGUACAGUUAAUUUAUAUCGGUGGAACCAUAUUUAAUAAUCUACAUCUCCGGGUACAGAGUCUCGUCUAUCUCGUCUCCUGUGAGCAUUACACAUCAUUUCAGCAGAGAGGGGGAGCCCCCGCGCUCCAUUCUUUGGGCCUCAGUUCACUUGGAAGAGAUGAGGCUACAGGACACCUGGGUGCCCUUCAGUGGGAACGUCUGCUGUGGGCAAAGCACACCGUUCCUGGAGCAGCAGCAAGGAGUGGCUGAGUGGCACCCCUCUGUUGUCCCCAAAUCCUCCCCAGCCCCAGGACUGGACUCGGCUGAGCUGAUUGAGCAGGAACACAGCUGUCUCAUGGGAAGUCCAGGGGCCCAAAGGGAACUUCUGAGCCAGAAAAGCCACAGCCGGAGAAGCAAGAUGUUUCCUCCAACUGAAACAUCUCAAUAAAGCAUUUUCUAAGACUAGCAAUUCUCAUGUUUGUUUUUCCUGUUUCAUCCAAACCUUCCAAGGGAGUGGAAGUCAAGCCUCUUGCUUAAUGGAAAAGGACCCUGAGGCCCCAAGAGAGGGGGGGGGAGGGGGGGGGGAGAGAGAGAGAGAGAGAGAGAGAGGAGAGAGCGAGCUGGGGACAGGAACCCGGUCCUGCAGUCCACCCUUUCCGGGAUGCCACACUAACUUUCCAGGUUAAUGCCAUCAGUUAGGAAAUGAGAAGGAAAACCAGAACACAGCUGCUGCCCACUUGUUCCUUCACACCCGGGAGUCCCGAUCUCGGGCUCAGAGACGGAGCGGGGUGCAGUGAGGCUGUGGUGGGGGCUCCAGGUGGGAGGAGUCCUGCCAACACGGUUCUGGGGUGUGAGGCACAGACACACGCCCCUGCGCCCUGGGCCUCCCCUGCAAACCUCACAGCGAUCAUGAGGCUCCAGAUGACGAAUAAGAUUGAGGAAAUAUGUUAAAAUGUCUUUUAAAACUUCACAUUGCCGUUUUUGAGGACCUUAAUUCUCCCCCCACCCCUUUUUGAAGAGAUUUCAUUUGAGAGAGUGCGAGAGAGCGAGUGAGCAUGAGCAGGGGGAGGGGCAGAGGGAGAAGCAGG